AACCUAGUUUGUGAAUACUAGAUAAAAUGUCAUUUUUAAUGUAAUAGAUGUAUUGGGUACAACACAUUAGUUCUACUUUUAUGUAAUUUACACUAAUUUACAGAAAAAAAGAACAUAAAUCAUGACUGAAGCGAAAGUAGCAUACAAUUACCUCGGCAAGUCGGGCGUCCAGGUCUCGAACCUGUGUUUGGGCACUAUGACAUUUGGUGACGGGGUGAUGCCCAUUCCAACCCAACUGAAUGAAGAAAUGUCACACAAAUUGAUGGACAGAUAUUUUGAACUAGGAGGUAAUUUCCUAGACACUGCUAAUGUUUAUGGUCUUGGUGCGUCGGAGCGGGUGGUUGGCAACUGGCUGAAGAAAAAAGAUCGGAGUAGCGUUGUCCUUGCAACGAAAUGUCGUUUCCAUGUUGAUCGUUCAAAUGUAAACAAAGUUGGUUUGAGCAGACGACAUAUAGUUGAAAGUUGUGAAGAAAGUUUGGAAAGACUUCAAACUAAUUAUAUCGACCUGUUACAGUCACAUGCUUGGGAUAAUGCUACCCCGGUUGAAGAGACGCUGAGGACAUUUGACGAUCUCGUGAGAUGCGGGAAAAUACGAUAUUUUGGUGUCAGUAACGUCUGCGGAUGGCAACUACAGAAAAUUGUUGAUAGAAUUGACACGAUGGGUCUAAACUCAUGUGUAUCACUUCAGCAACAAUACAAUCUACUUGCACGUCAGUCCGAGUUCGAGGAGUUUAUGGUUUGUGCAAACGAAGGAAUAGGCGUGUUGCCAUGGAGUCCUUUGAAAGGUGGACUUUUAACCGGGAAAUUUGAGAGAAACAAAACACCAGACGCAAAAGGAAGUAGAAUUGGAUUUGUUCACCAAGACGAGUCUAAAGCCAUGCAAGCUGCGCCAGCUUGGAGUCAAUAUAACGAUGAUGAUAAUUACUGGAAACUAAUGGACGCCAUGAAAGAUAUUGCUAAAACUCAUAGUAAAACGGUCCCACAAGUAUCACUCCGCUGGCUUCUACAGAAAGAUGUCGUCUGUUCAGUUAUUAUUGGAGCCACGUCUUUAAAACAACUUGAAGAUAACAUGGGCGCAAGUACAGGCUGGGAACUGACAGACGAGGAAAUGUCACGACUUGACGAAGCCAGUCCAAGGGUAAAUUUAUAUCCCUAUGAGGUGAUAUGGCGGGCCAGCAGUGCUAGAACAAAUCCGUUUAACCGAUCUAACCAUAUUUAAAUAGACUUUAUUUGUUGAUGCGGAUACAUGUUUUAUUUAGUUUCAUAGUACACUUGCCUUAAAAACAACCCACAUUUAGGAUGGUUUUCUAUCAUAUGUGAAGGUGAUUUAAGGAUUUAAUGUCACAAUAGUAAAACAUAUAGCAAAUACUA